AUGACCUCGUCAUCCUCGCCUACGGCCAAGCUCAGCGCUUACCUAUCGCAAUUGAAUCCCGUGCCUACCUUUCCCGACUACACAGGACCCUACAAAGUUGGCACCGUCGACGUCGAGAUCCCCGUCUCCGAACUCGAAUCACCGAGCCCCGCACCCGACAGCGCUGCCGAUAUUUACACCGUGUCCUGCCGCAUCUACUACCCCGCGACCCCCGACUCGGCAGGCAAACCCAUCAGCUGGCUGCCCUCGCCUCAGCGCCACCAUGUCUCUGCCUACACCCAGUUUGUCGGCAUCAAGCCCCUGCUGGCCGACUUUGUCUCCUUCCUACCCCGCCACCUCCACUACACGACCAUUCCCGCCCUCAAGAACGCCGACCUCCUCGAGCCCAACACGCCCAAUGGCCGAUGGCCUACGAUGAUUUUCUCCCAUGGCCUCGGCGGCAACCGCAAUACGUACUCUGUCGUCGCCGGCUCGCUCGCGUCCCACGGCAUUGUUGUCGUUUGCCCCGAACACCGCGAUGGCAGUGCCGUCGCAUCUUUUGUGCGCAUCCCCCAGGCCCAGGACAGCUACUUCAUCCGCAACACGCGCCGCGUCGUCCCCUACAUCCGCCUGCCCCACGACAACACACCCGAGAUUUCCACAGCACGGGAGGAUCAGCUGCGCAUUCGCCUGUGGGAGCUCGGUCUUGCCCACGCCGCCAUUCUCGCCAUUGAUCGCGCCCAGUCUCUGAAGAACCUCAACAAGAGCACGCCAUCUCUCGAUUUCUUCGCCAAAAAGCUCCACGUUCACGAGCCUGGCUCCAUCAUCUUUGCGGGCCACAGCUUCGGAUCCGCCUCGAUCGUGCAGCUGCUCAAGAGCACCUACUACGCUGGCACGCCGGCUCUCGCCAAGAUGGAGCGCCCCCUCUUCACGCCAGCCCCCGACUCGGAGCUGUCGAAGCAGAUCACCGAAAAGAACGUCACCAUGCUGCUGGACAUGUGGUGCUUCCCCCUGCUGGCCCCCAACUCGGCGCCCCUCUUCGACCUGCCGCUGCCCGCCUACGCCAAUGUCCCCUCAGCUCCCGGCGGCAAGGCCCUCCUCGCCGUCGAGUCGGACGCCUUCUACAAGUGGACCGAGCACCUCCACGUCACGGCCCGCGUGCUGUCGCCUGACCCAUCGAAAAAGGUCAUCACGGCCGACCUCUACCAGCGCAACAACGGCAUCGCUUUGCCCGAGCCCAAUUUCUUCUACGUCGAAAAGUCCGCCCACCUCUCGCAGUCGGACUUUGGGAUCCUUCUUCGCACUGGCUCACGAAGCGCAUCUUUCAACUCGGUCGAACCCGAGCGCGCGCUGCGCGUCAACCUCCGCGCCCAGCUGAAGGUCCUCCGCGCUAACAGCGUGCCUGUCGGACGCAACUGGUCGGCGAUAUCGUCGACGGAGCCGCGCCUAAAAAGGAUGACAGCUGAGUGUACUGAGUGCGACGGCCACUGCAAGAUCGUCGACUGCUGGCACUGGGUCGAGACGAUUGGCAAGGGCGACGAGAAGAAGGCGGAUGCGCAGGCGGGCGAGGGCGUCAGCGCGCAGGUCGCUGAUCUCGAGGCCUCGGCGCCGCAGAUUGAGGCUGAGAUUGAGCCGCCUGUUGUCGGCAGGACCGUCUCCGCGUCAGCGUGA